AUGGGCUGCUGUGGUUGUGGAAGUUGUGGUGGCUGCGGCGGGGGCUGCGGCGGAGGCUGCGGCGGGGGCUGCGGCGGGGGCUGCGGCGGGGGCUGCGGCAGCUGCAACAGCUGCAGAUGCUACCGGGUGGGCUGCUGCACCAGCUGCUGCCCCUGCUGCUACGGCUGCUGUGGGGGCUGCUGCAGCGUCCCCGUGGUCUGCUGCCACCGCCACACCUGCAGCUGCAGCUCAUGUGGCUGCGGGGGUGGGAAGGGCUGUUACCAGCAGAAGUGCUGCUGCCAGAAGCAAUGCUGCCACUAG